AUGAAUUCGGAAAAUCUUUUAGACAUAUUCCGUCCGAGCAUCUAUCCCUCUUCUAACGUCGUCUCCCUCUCCACCCUCCCUCGCGUUAUACUUCCCUUCCCGCCAAACAUUACUGCUUAUGAGAUAGCACACAAAAGACGUCGAUCGAAAAUUUGUUCAAAAACGCCAAAUGCAUUUUUCAUUUAUAGGAAAGCAUUUGUAGACCACUUGUCACUUUUAGACCAUAGGCUUAAGAUGACAGAAGUUUCAAGACUCGUUAGCGACCAUUGGAAGAAUGAAAGUCAAGAAGUCAAAGCGACCUAUGAGAAAAUCUCCAAACAGGUUGAAAAAGAAUUGAAUGAUAUGAGAAACCGGGAUUUGGUUUAUGUUGAACAUAAGGUCGUAAAGAGAAGACGACAAAGAACCCUUUAUAAAAAUUCAUUUUCAACCAAUGAAGCUGUUUCGGUUGAACUUCCUAGAAAUGUCACUGGAGAAAACCCUAAUAUAUACCAUUUUAAAGAUGAUCUUAACUGUGAAGAGUGUUUGAAUUUGAAUUUGAUCUCUCUUUGCUCUUCUAAAACUAAUCAGCGAAUGAAUGAUUCACCAUUAGACGCUCACCCAAAGACAAGUUCACAAUCAAUCAGCAACAAUUCACAUAUUUCCUACUUUAAUGAUUACUUUACAAAUCAAUUUCAACAAGACAUUUAUGGACCUUCAUCUGAAUUCAAUAAUGACAGUAGUAAUAAAGAGACCAAUGAAGGUUUUCGGUUCGAAGAAGAUAAAUUAGAAUGGUAUUUGGGUUACUAUGAAGAUUUCAAACAUUAA